GUGUGGCAUACGUUUCACGGCGUAUCAUGUAGAACGCAAAGCUAAAACUGUCUGAUAUUAGGAUCCAUCCCCUGUUGCCCGUUGAGUGCGACGUGGCUGUGGGGCCCCUGGCGCUGACCCAAGACCGUGUCAGUGCUAUGCAGCCGCUACCAGCCUACUUCUACGCAGAUGCGAGCCACAUGGCUGGCCGUAGAGAAGUAUUCUUCAGCGAUGUUUUCGGAUACAUAUACGCCUUCGAUGAACAGGUAUGGAUGGGCAUCGGCCUUUCACUUGCAACGGUUGCCAUUCUAAUGGUCAUGUUCCAGAACAACUUCAAGGUAGUCGGCGCAACAGGAAAACUUUUGGAAUACACAUUUCUGCUCUUCGCAAUGCUUUUGACCAAAGGUCCUUCACGGUGCCCGGAGAACACUCGCAUGCUCAUCGGUGUGUGGUGGGUAGCUGUUGUCUUCGCGACCACUUCAUUCACGAGUCACAUGCAGGCCAGCAUGGCCAUUAAGACUGAGGUUCCCCGUCUCGAAAGUGUCGCCGAUAUCAUCAAGCACCGGCGCAUUGUGCCCACCAUCAUCGACGGCAUGGCUUUCGAUGUCUUUUUCAAAACGUCUACCAACCCCGAUGACCAAGAGCUUUGGCGCCGAGUCCAGCAACAUCACAGCCAGCUUCCCUUCAGUAAAGUCUUCCGGCGGGAAACUUAUGAGGCCGUGCUGGAUGGUCGACAGGUGGUCUUCAUGGAACAAUCGCUCUACCACUACGGCAUUAGGCGUCACUACUCCCACGAGCCUCCAAGGGGCCAGUUCUAUUUCGGAAAGGUCAAUGUACUAACAGUUCCAUGUGCGAUAUUCGUGAGCUACAACGCCAGCGGCUUUCUCAAGAAAAGUCUGCACCAAACCACCCGCUGGAUCUGCGAGUCCGGCCUGCUGGAUCGUCACCUGGAAGGGGUUCUGCUACAGACAUGGCGACAGUUAGAGCGCGCGCACAGCGCGGCCGAGGCCAUCCGCUCCGAAGACGUCUCCGGGCUGUUCGCCGUCUGGAUAAUGGGAAUGGGAAUGGCAGCCGUCGCAACGUUAGGCGAGGGAAUCAUGGCAUGCCGAGGGCGCGUUGCAGCCUCGGGACCACGCAGUGGCCUUAGGCGGCGCCGCAACAGGCUCAAGCCGGGUCUUCGGGAACUUCUCUGUUGUAGGUCGUAAAAGGCCGCGGAACAGAACGCGGUUUGAUUGAUGCACCAUCAGAACGAUAUAGAGAGUGCAAAGAAAAAGUGUUUUCAGCAGAGUGUUUUUUUUUAUUUGUUUGUCUGACUGAGUUGUCUUAACGUUACCAGACGACGUAAUCGUUUUCCUGAAGUAUAUCUCCGGCAGAACCGAUACGCCUAAAGAAUAAUUUGAAUGUGAUGUUUAUUUGGACAGUCCAUAUUCGCGACAUUCAGUUACAUCGAUCAUAGAAACAAGGUCCUUCAGUGCUUUCGAACUAGUAACGAAACCCGCGUAACGCUAUGGCAGAGCUCCAUAUAACGCCCGCGUUGGACGCACCGCGACGCUGGCGCAAGUAGAAGUUGCACUGGAGCAGACGCCGAACGGACGCCACAGGCGUUCAGUGCGUACGUUCGCUAUUGCGCAGGGGUGGACAGCCUGCAUCGGCGUUUGAAUAUUCUCGACAGAACUUCCAAAUUGCCAUCCUGUCUUUGUACAGUGUUCAGAAACUUAAACGCGAAGAAUUUAGAACUACAACGCCUUGUUUAAUUUCCAAGCUCAACUGCGGACGCAACAGGGGCUUAAUUCAUAAUUGAAAUUCUGCACUUGGGCGGACUCCAUCAUUUGAAACAGUUUGAGCAAGUUAAUGUUUCAUUUUUAGAUGAUUGUGCGUGCAAAAACUGUGUUCCGAACUAACAAAGCUAACCAGCUGAAUACUAAACUAAUAACUCAUUAUUAAACUAAUUAACUCAUUAGUAAUCAGAAAAUGAGUUACUGAAAAAAUUAAUAAAUUGCCUAAUAUAUUACAAAUUAUUUUUUAAUUACAUUAAAAUCAAGAAAUAUAACUAAUUAUCGCUGAACUAAUAACUAAGCUAAUAACCAACUAGUUAACUCGCGAAGAUAGGCAACUGAUUAGGCGAUCAAACAAAUAUGCAAUUACUAAAAAUUGCAACUAAUAUCUUCCUAACCUAACUUAUCAUCUAGGAACUACAUUAACUAAACAAACUCAAGAAGUAAUGUAACCACUUCAAUAAGAAAAUCGACUAAACCAAUAAACUAACGACAUAAUAACUGAGUAAUACACCAACCAAGGAAACAAAAUAAAUCAUGUAACUACCAAAAGUAAUUAACAAAACAAACCAACAAUGCUAACCAACUGAUUAAUCUACCUAACUCUAAUAUCUAAGCAAACAUAAUUAACUGAGUAACUAAUCAACUAAUAACUAAUACAUUGAACUAGCUAACCAAAUAUAACUGACUUUUCCAACUAACUAACAAGACAAAGUACAAAUACAGACAGCCGAAAGAAACAGUUUGUGCAAGGAAGGCUACUAGGGGGUGGGGGUCGACGUCAAUCAUAUAACGGUGCCGUGUAUAAUUUAAACACAAACGCAUCGCACAUAUACAUGAAUUUUGUCAAAAGUUCCCAUUGCAUGUUCACUCUACAAACAUGCUGAAAUAAAUGUGGGAGAGGCGCCUUUCCUCGUUAAACAUUUGCAUGAUCGCGCAGCCAACCCAUCUGGCGCAGCAGAUUGUUCAUCUUCCACUUACGACAACAUCUCUGGUGCCAACUUCUGUCUCUAUAUGAAUCUUUCAGGGAAGUUUCAUGAUCAGAUUAAAAGUAUUGAAGGACCCUGAUAGUAAUAAGCCACGAAGAUAGCCGUGCAAUAUUUGUAGCGUUCUCUAACUGUUUCACUGAGCCAUCAUAUAUUCGUAGAUAGAUGGGUGUCGUGGGCCAUAUAUUAUUCAAUUUUAGAGAACCCCUGUUCUGUCGCCCUAACACUAUCGCCACAACCGAAGGCAUUCCGAAGGCUUCGCCGCGUCAAGGCUUCGAGUGGUGAGGCACGCACUGCACGCCUUUGCAUAUCACCGGCCACGAUAGCAGCAAUGACUAUGCUGGCAGGUUACGUUUCACAGAAAAGCCACUGCUCGUCAUGCGGACCACGACCAGAUUUGCCAUGCGGUUCACGGAUCCCCGGGCCGCCGCAGCUGCUGCUUCUCAGCUACGACUCUACUGCAGUGCUGUGAACACUGGUUAUUUACUGAAAGAAUAAAUCAGCAUA